CCUGGGUGGCAUCCAAACAAGUAGGCUAAAAUGACCCUGGAACCCACUAAAGCCGCAGUCCGAAGGCGACCACGAAGCCAUUUUACCUUGAUUGGCUUAGUUCGCUGGACUACAUCAGACCAACCAUAUCCAGCAGUAGCUGCAAAUCAUCCACCCGCCUCAUUACUGUCGCCCUUUGGCCUUGACUUUAACUCCGCAUCAGAGUAAAGCUGAUGAACAAUUUUUCUCCAUAACUAUUAUUAGGAGCCUUCUUUUUCCUUCUCAAGGCCCAUCCUCGAUUGCCACUUGAAAAAAUUCUCCGGACUAACUGGAUAUUUACCCCGCAAUGCAAUGCUCAAUGUUCUCAUAAGAGGCCUGUUUGCAAUAUAGCCAUCGUCCUAUAGUCGACCUAGCCUCAAACCCUUUGAGGUGAUACAGACUGUCGCUGAUAUAAUAUAACCUGACCGUACUAUUGAGAUUUAGAUCCCUAAUGCUGCGAAGUGCUUCCGGAAAGAGGCGGUUCUCCUUCCAAAUGGUGGAAAUGAAAUGCUGCAUAAGGUGUUACCUACCUACCCUAUUGCCAACGGGGGUUCCGUCAAUUCCGUUUUGACGUUGGUACUGUACGCCGUCUUUAUUUUACAUACACAGAGUCAUCGAUCCCGCGUGUUUCUCCCACGCAGAAUCUUUGUGUGCGUGGGCAGGACGCAUUCCAAUGCUCCCCGGACUUCAGCGACACAUGCUUCGUUCAAGUACGUGGCUACACACUUAUGUAAUUUACCCAAACCUAACUCGUCGGUCGGUGUGCAUGCGAUAUUUCUGGUAAGGAUUGACGGGGCUUCGCUUCUCUGCAAUGUCGAUCUAUCAGCGUCACGGGCCAGUUAGAUAAGCACGUUUUUGGCGUAAUGGCGACUUGACGGCUUGUAAUGGAGGGGUGGAUGUUUGCUAUAGACUCCCACGGUUGAGAGAUGUAUCAGAUUUCUAUCUGAGUUUACUCGGCUAAGAAGGCGGGAAGUGAUAGAGCAGAUCAUGUAUCUGCAUGCAGUGAUGGUCUGAUCCAUUGAAGAGAAUCCUGGGGGUAUAAUCAUGCAGGUGAUUAGAAUCCUUUCAGAAAAAGCAAAAGAGACGCAAAAAGACAAGAAACGUGAAACGAGGAUUAUAAUAACUGUUAUAAGCAUUAUCAUUGUUG